UCGGCGCCGCUUAACCUUGAGUCAACAUUUUUAUGAUUCCUUUUUCACAUGGGCUGAAGCAGCGGGUCCGCACGCUGAAAGUAGGAGGGUAUAUAAGACCCAGAGAGACGCGCUGCCCAGCUACUUCCCGCCCAACACACACCACAGUGAGCCAAGUGUUCUGGUCGCUUCACAAGGUGAGUCAAGAGUUUACCUGUAUUCUGAGACAACACUUGAGCGCUCUUGGCGCUGCAGCAGUGACAACAACAACAACAAAAACAACAACAACACCUUCAGGAUGCUUCGACAACUAGCAGUAAUCUCCGUCGUCUCUCUCGCCGUGACUUUGGUCUACUCUCUGCCUUCCCUGCAUCGAUCGAAGCGAUGGGAGGAAUUCCCCAAUGUGACCUUCACGUUUGACUGUACGGACCGGCCCGUGGGCUUCUACGCUGACCAGGAGUUUGAGUGCCAGCUCUUCCACAUGUGUGAUGAGGAUGGCCGACGCAUUCCCUACAUGUGUGCCAACGACACCGCUUUCAACCAAGAGUACCGUAUCUGUGACUGGAAGUACAACUUCGACUGCUCCGAGGCCCAGGAAUGGUUCUACCUUAACGAGCUCACUUAUGUCACCGACCCCCCUAAGUUCUAGACUCCCACGUUCUCCCUCUAUCUCGCCUGUGAUGACCCGACGACCUGACCUGUGCUGCCUGUAACCCAGGUUGAAGGACCCCAGUGGACUCAUGGAGACCUCCUAGAGUCAGGAGGUCUGUGUGAGUCUCAGAGAUCUCUGUUUUAAGAGUCCCUUGAAGGGUUAACUCGGUCCCCUGUGUGUGUGUGUGUGUGGAUCACCUCAACGCGUCACGGCUUCUUUGGUGUGUCUGAGGCCACAACCCCGUAACUUACUUCCAUCGUGUUUGUCCUCUUGGGUUACCGAGUGCCUGCAUGAUGCCUGUACAUAACGUAGCUCCCCGGCAGUAGUGCCAAACGCCCCUGGAGUCUCUCCUCCCAUGGAUCCCUGAAGCACCGCGGACCUCCCGUGACGCUCCCUGAAGAAGGAAAACACCUAACGUCUAAAGACUGACGGAAGGAAAGACUGAAGAACCGGUGGCUUUCUUCUUCCCGAAGGAGGCGGCGAGCGGCGCCUCGCUGGCUGUGGGCGCCGCAGGAAGCCGCCGCGGGAUUCCUCUGCAGGGCAGCAGGGAUCCCGACGCUGCUAGAGCUGGACUCUGCGCGCCGCCACCACACUUCCACGUGUACAGAGCCACCCAAUACGUAGUCCUUAGAAACUACAUCAGUGUCCAAUGUAUCUUGCACAGUAUAUAUAUUUACAUAUUAUUACUUUUCAUGUGUCGAUCAGAGGUAAAUGUUGAAUGCAAACAAUGAUGACCACAGCAAACAGUGACAACACUGCCUGGUCAGGAUGCCAAAACCCACGAUCACCUGUCGCUUCUCGGUCAACAAUCUCUAACAAUCCUGGUUCCAAAUUCUUACAGAUUAAUACAGUACAUUUUCCCUUAAUUGUGACUGUGAGAAUGUAUCUACCCAGCUCAUGUAAGUUGAGACAAAACUGGUUCUGAAAAUGACAUUGAAAAUGCAUCAAGACUACCAUAACUUGAUAGAUUCUCCCGGUCAGAAGUAACAAGGAAAAACUAACACACAGACCUCUGAGAAUGUGGAGCCAUGGCUAACGUUAAGACUCGUGAUCACUCUUAUUGCUUUUUGGCGGACAAAUCCCUAACAAUCCCGCUUUCUAGUUGGAUUAAUGAUAAUAAUUUGAGCGAUAAUAAUAAAAAACGAGAGUACUGUAGUCUAGCUCUUGUACCGUAACUUUAUUUCAUCUCCUAUUUUGUUUAUAUGUAUGGCAUAUUUACCUUUAAUUUGAUUCGGUGAUACCAACGGUCAUGUCUGUGAUGAUUGAUGUAGGCGGAUGAACAUUAUGUGGAUUGAUUAUUUAGUCUCCUGUAACCGUAGUAAUUUACAGUUCAAUAAGCUCCGCCUUCCCCCGUCUCACCUCUCUGAUGCGUCUUGUCUGAGCUGCACACAAGCCUAGGAGAGCAGAUAUAUGGGGCUUUACCCAAGGCAUAGAUCUCAUCGUCACAACCUGUAGAUAGUAUUGUUAGUCCUUCUAAUUUUCCUGCUGUAAGCCUAUAAUAUAUUCCCCGUUGGUUUGAAUUUCCCUGCCAGUGUACCCCAAAAACAUUCCCCUGCUAUUAGCUCAAAUUUUCCCAUCAGUAGCUCAAAAUUCCCUGCCAGUAGUUCAAAAUUUCCCAUCAGUAGCUCAAAAUUCCCUGCCAGUAGUUCAAAAUUUUCCAUCAGUAGCUCAAAAUUCCUUGCCAGUAGCUCAAAAUUUCUUGCCGGCACUUUGAGUUCUCACGAAUGGUUUUAAUUUUGUACCCCUGAUUCUAAUUUCCCAUCAAAGGUUUUAAAACAUCACUACUGAUUUUAGUUCCCUUCAAAUAAUUUUAAUUUCCUACCAAUCAUUUAAAUUUCUUUCUAGUGGUCUUAAUUUUCCCGCCAGUGUUUUUAACUUCCCUUUGUAGGUUCAAAAUUCCUGCCACAGAUUGACCAGACCAUGAGAGAGGCAGACCAGAGACAGGGUAGGGUGGAUCUGGGUGUGCAGAGCGCAUCCUAAUUGCAUUAUGUUGUUCAGCAGUGUGUGAUGCGUGAGUCAUGAAUGUAGUUUUGUAAAAUAAACUAAAAUUUGAGGAA